GUCACACAACUCAUACAGAAAUCAAAGAAGAUGAGGUGUUUAUUUUUCUUAUGUUUCUGUUUGCUUCCCAUUGUAGUGUUUUCAUCAACUUUCACUAGCCAAAAUCCCAUUGACCUACCCAGUGCUAAACCUGUCCCGUUACUAGACGUGACCGGUAAAGAAGUUGAUCCUCGUUUGAGUUAUCGUAUGGUUCCCACUUAUCGGGGUCCCUCAGGUGGUGAUAUAUACCUAGAUUACUCCCUGGAUUCAACUGCCCCUUGUCCAGACGGCGUGUUCCGUUACAACUCCGAUGGAGGACCUAAGGGUACACCCGUCAGAUUCAUUGCGGCUAUUCCUUUCGGACCAUAUAUCUAUGAAGAGCAAGACAUCAAUAUCCAAUUCGACAUUUCCACUGUGAAAUCGUGUGUUGACUAUACAAUUUGGAAAGUCGGAGGUUACGAUGUACCUCUACGGGUUGAGUUGUUGAAGACAGGAGGCACCAUAGGCCAACAAAUCUCAUGUUUCAAGAUUGUGAAAUCACCAAGAUUAUUGGGUUACAGCUUAUUGACUUGCUCUGGUUCACUAGUGGGUACUAUUAACCAAAAUGGUAAGACGCCUUUGGCUCUCGUCGCCAACUACUCACUUGAUUUCAACUUCCAGAAAGUCGAGGAGUAAUUAACAAUAUACAUCUCUAUGUACUAUGUUUUUAUAAUAAAUAAACACCUGCUAAGCAUGUGUAUAUGUUUAGUAUGGCUUGACUAGCUA